UGGCUGCGCCCACGAAAUUACAUUUCUUCCUGAGGUCUGGGUUAUUUUUGCGGGAAACACACACUAGUAUUGAACGACUUACUCCCAUUUUUGCCAGAAAUUAUGCUAAACUGAUGAGGAGAAAGGUAAUUACAGUUAUGACACCACAAGAGGAAGAAGAAUUGAGAAAACAACAACACAAACGACACAUAAAACCGAUUGAGAAGCCUCGUGAAUGGAAAGACCUACAUCCACGAGAGAGAAAAGCAUUUACCACUCCUAGCACUCCUAAGAAACCACAAAAAUUUAAGAAAUUUUCAAAGUCUUCUGUUGCACCACCUGUUAUAGGAAGUAGUGAAGACCAGUCAAACGCCCCUAAACAUAGCGUGAAAGUGAAACCAUUACGUUACGAAAUGCUGAAAGAACUGGACCCUAGAUUUGGGUACAUUAUGCAGCAUACAAGGACUGCCUACAGUCGAAAGAAACAUGAUAUAAUUUUGGUGCAGGGAGAAGCAUUGAUAUUAAGAGCACUGGAAGCAGGUCUUAUUCCCAAGAGCAUAUUCUUUUCCGGAGACAGUAAAGUAAUGUUAAAUGUACAAGAGAAGCUGGACACUUUAACUUUAAGUAAAAAGAAAAUUCCAAAUGUAUAUGGAGUUAAGAAGCAGUCAAUGCAACUGUGGUGUAAUGCUGAUGAAACACCUAAUGUUGUAGGUAUCUUUAGGAUGCCUCUCCCUGAAAGGAUAGGUAUGCAGAGACAGGACGUUUGCCCCAUAACACUGAUAUGUGAUGGAGUGACAGACCCAGCAAGUAUGGUGACACUUUUACAGGCAGCUGCUGCUGCAAGAGUAGAUAAAAUCCUUCUUGCUGAAGGCUGCAUUGAUGUGUGGGACCUACAGGUAGUUCAGGCAGGAAAGGGAUGUCAGUUUCACAUCCCCAUUGUUCAAGAUGUCACUGUUAAUUCCUUGAUUAGUCAUCUGGAUGAAGGCACCAAGGUUCAUGUGCUAGACUGUGCCGACUGGUCUCCUAGAGAAGCCAGUCCCAUGGAUCCAGCAAUGGUGGAAAGCCUGAUCCAAGAGUCAGAAGAUGAUGCAGACAUGCCUGAAGAGAACAAGAUCAUAGAUGACCAGGACUUGAUGAAAUAUGAACAGUUGUCAUUUGAGAUCAAAGAAUACUACAAAGUAGAUUUUACCAGAGGGAAAACUGCCAUAGUCAUUGUUAACACUGCUGUUAAUAAUCAACACAUCAGUGCCCAUGCUUUUCUUAAUAAACUUUUGUUCGACUAUGGUGGGCAGAAAAUAUGUGUUCCCACGUUGCCAGAUUCAGGUGAGACUAUUGUUGGAAAUGCUGUAACGGUGGUUGCUUUUGAAAUGAAGAAGCAAUUGGAUACAAAAGAAGUAAAGAAUGAAUAGACAAAACUUUGGAUUUUCUUUAAACACUGUGUAUUAUGAAGAGAAAUGUUACUAUAUGUGAUCAAGUACACAGCUGCCUGGUUACCAUUUUCUGUGUUACAGAUAUACAAUUUAAAUUUUAUAGAUGAAAUUAGGAACGCUUUUCUUUAAAUAUACAAAGGAAACGUUAAAGAAAUCCGAAGGAGGGACAUCUGAGUUCACUUCAACCGAUGGUUUGAAUAGCUUGAUAAUUAGAAAAUGGAACUGAUGAAGAAUGAUGGUUUUGCAUUUGACUGUCAUGUUUGCAAUUUUCCAGGUCGCUGCACAACAUCAGUCAUGGUCGAAGUCACGUCUGAAUAUGAAUUAUUAACUAAAAUUAACGAAAAAUUUGUGCACAUACAUAACUGUCAAUUAAGGAACGCAUUAAUGACCAUGCUGAAAUAUUAGGUCUACUUUAUUCAUCAAUGUAUGGAAUAAAACAAAGGUACAACAUACACACAUUUGUGGUGAACGCGAAAAAUGCAUUUAUCAAUCGUUUCAAAUAAGAUCAAAGCUGAACGGUUUUCUGGGAGAAAUGCUCACUGUGGCAAUUUGAAAAAUCAGACAAUUCACUAAAAGCCGAAGGUUGCUUUCGAUAAACGUUUAAAUAUUGGAGUCAUCUAAGUGACCUUGAUUUAUAACUUAAUUUCUAAGGAUCGUAAAAAAAACAUUCAUAAACAUAAACAAAAAUUAUACGUAAUGGAUAUAUUUUUCUAAGCUGAUUUAGUCUAUCAAGUUUCUAUCAAAGUAUAAUUCAAUGGCGGACAAGAUUUUAUAAUAAAACAUCUGUAUAUAUG